UUUUUAAUGGCGGAUAUAUUUGAAUAAAAAAUAUUUUAUCAAUUGGUGCACUAUUAAUGACCUUGAAAUCCUUAGAAAUGCGUUGAAGUUAUAAAAAUGUACAGGUGGGCCCUUACGAUGGAUAAACAGCUUCAAGAGCUAGAAUAUGCUGCUCAAAUUUUAUUUGCAUCUCAUCCAGUAUCUGUUGAACAAAGAAAAGCAGCUGAGCAGGUGUUCUUGAACUUCAAGCUGCUAAAUUUUAAAUCUGCGUACAAGUUUUAUCAAAAGAUAUUCAACGAAAGCAGCAAUGAUUAUAUCUUGCAUCAAACUAUAACCACAUUAAAAGAAGCACUUUUAAUGGAAUGGCUGUUGAUGGACAAAAAAGAUAUUGAAUUUUGGCGGAAUUUUUUAUUCUCAUUUGUUGUUGAACGAAAAAGUUCUCAGAAGUAUGUCAUUGAGAAGGCGAUACAAUGUAUUUGUAUUUUAAUCAAGCGGGGAACAUUUGAUUAUGACGAACGCAAUUGUCCUUUGGAGCUCAUGGUCACAAAAAUCCGACAACUGUCCACCAGCAAUGACACUAACUUGCGGGGAACAUUUGAUUAUGACGAACGCAAUUGUCCUUUGGAGCUCAUGGUCACAAGAAUCCGACAACUGUUCACCAGCAAUGACACUAACUUGAUAUUGAUUGGAUGCUCUAUGAUGCAAGCCUUGCUGUACGAGUACUCGUGUAUUCAUCGUUCCAAUGAUAUCAAAAUGCCUUUUCACUUUCAUUUAAAUUGCAAGACUCGUUUUGAGAUUAAUGCCUUGCAAAACCUGUUCAUGAUGGCAUUUCAAGUGUUGGAUCGGAUGAGGUAUGAAUUCAAUGAAAACAAUGUGGCUGUAUUGUCUAGUCUCUUGUCUAUCAUGGAGACGAUUACAACAUGGAAUUUCGAAAAUAAAGACAUUUUUGACUCGUGUCCGAAGAAAAAGAUUGAAGUGGGGAAAGUACUUCUCUUUCAACCUGGCCGUCACUGGGCCAAUUGUUUUUUAGAUGGAAAUCUACUUGAUAUUUUUUUCAAGCUUCCGGAGUGUUUCAGAGACAACGAACAACUAAUACAUCGUUAUUUCAUAUGUCUCACACAAUUGGCUUCGUUGUCCGGCAGCGUUUUUUCCAUGGACAUGGAACUUCAGCGUUACUUUGGUUCCUUCAUCGAAGGAUUGUUGCAACUGGUUAAACAUUACAGCGAUAAACUAACUGGUGUCAUUGCCUGUGGAUUUUCCUCGAUCAUUGAGCGCAUAACUUUCGUAUUACCAGCGUCACACUAUGGUUUGCUUCCCACGAAUCUCGUUAAAGAGUACUUUGAUACCAUUUCUCAGCUGACAUUCACAUUCUUGGAGAGGGCAACGAAAAACGACAAUCUGCAAAACGAAGACACAACCUACUCGGAAGCGUUCGAUCAAAUGUUGGUGGCUUGGCUGGAAUUAGUCUCCAACUCUCGUUGCUUUCCCGAAGGGUUUUUUUCGGUACCUCUCAAACAGAUAUUCCUUUUUUACGUCAAGAGUCAUAUAUCGGCACCUGAGGGCUUGCGCAAUACGCCACAAACAGAAAAUCGUGAGGAAAUUGUCGAAUUGCGUGACAGUGACUUAGAAGAAUAUUCGGAGCAACUUACUUCGGUAACUCAACUUGGUCGUCAUGUUCUUAAAGAUGUUCUACCGUUUCUCAACGGAUUACUGCAACAGAAGAUGCAUACUUUCGCGAAUUAUUUGCGUGCUGUGAACGAAAAAGGUUUUUUAGCGAUUGAUUCCGUCACAACUGAAAAUCUUUUCGAAGAUUUGCAUUGGCUCAUUCUUAUUGCUGGCUGUAUGUUGGUUGAUAAAAUUAAAGGAGAAACACCAUUGAUUCCCGAAGCAAUUAUGAAGUUUUCCAUUGCAAAGUCUUCUGAUGUUAAUUUGGAAGCCACUAUGAAGCAUCUCACGUCCUUGGCUAGUAAUGAUAGUGGCUCUCAGAAUGUCGAUGGCAUCGUUGUGCUGAUUACAUCCGUUUUGCAAAUAGCCGAACUUGAGAAACAGGCGCUUGAUGCCGGACUGGGACCGACUCUAAGCCCCGAACUUAGUGGGAACAUUGCGUGGGUAUUAACAAAGAUAUCUGAGAUCUAUAUUAUGUUUCACGAGCCAUAUUAUGAACAGGUCAGCGUACCUCUUGUUGUGUCUCUGGGAAAAGAAGGCGAGGGCGCGCGUUGGUUGGUGAGGUUUACUUUGGAAAAAGUUCUCAGUAAUUUUCACGGUUGGUCGAGUGAGUCUAGUGUUUUGGAAAUGACAGCUCAGCUACUUGUUGCUUUAAUGAAGAAUGAGAACAGUGCCCUGUAUGCAAUUUCGUGCUCGACUGUGGCGCAGCUUGCCAAGGAUUAUGCUGAAAACGCCACGUACAUUAAGAAUUUUCCCGCGCUUGUACAGCGAGAAUUGUCGCAUGCGCUACUUAUUGCUGGCUCCGCUAUACAAGAUGACGCAAACAAGAAAAAAUAUCUUGGUCACAUUUUAGAGCCAAUGAAAAUUCGCUUCCAAAAUCUUGUGGAAACAAUUCGACAUAAUGGUCAACACGAAAGAUAUAAGGACGAACUAGAGAGACUUCUGGAGUGCUUCCGUGGUGUUUCUAUGGCGAUAAAUAAGAAAACCUUUUCAUAUAUCUUCGAGUUUCUCAUACCAAUCCUCGAUGUUUGCAUACCUUUCUAUGAAUUGUACAGCAACUGUCCGGAGAUUGUGGAGAUCCUGCUGUCUUUUGUCUUGGAUGCUGCAAAGGGGCUAUUGGGACACGUUGGCAUGGUUGAAGCUCAAAGAUUUUACCUGGUUUGCGCCCGUCUUAUGGAAUUGUAUGCAAAACACAAUCAAGGAAGACUGUUCCGAAGCGAUUCAGCUGAGGAGGAAGCCUUUGGCAGUCUCUUGCUUUUCUUGAAGAUUAUGACGACGAUUUUAAGACAAGAUUAUAAAGAGUAUUGUACUGUUUCAUCCAUCGAUGAUCGUCUCGUCAGCACGAACCAUUCUGCGCGCACUGUGUUAUACGGAUUGGAACAUUUGCUACCGUUUUUAAACAAAGAAAUACUCAAGUUUCCAGAAGCAGAGGAGGAGUAUUUCGAAUUACUAAAUAAUCUAUGCGUAACGUAUCAAAAUAACUUCUGUGUGGCGUCUGAUAAAUUUCUAAAAAACUUGGAAAAGUCUUUUGAAAUGGGAAUUGUGGAAUGUGGUACAAACAUAGCCAGAUUGGUUGUCGAUGCAAUAACAGCCAUGGCAAGGGAACUCUGUAAAUGUCAACAACCCAAUGAUAAAUUGUCUCUCACAGUAAAGUUUUUGUUCAGGAAGUUAUUCAACUUCGCAAUGUUUCAAUCAUUUGAGAUCAUUGAUCUACUUCAUCAUAUCUCCGAGGCUGUAUGGUAUUUAAGCUGUUGUGAUCAGGUCCAGUACGAAACUUGUGUUGAUAGGUUAUUGGCUGCAUAUGGCGAAUGUACAGGCGUUGACCGAUUGUCCGAUUCAUUCGAUAAGAUUACGCCGCCAGAUAAAAAAGAUGUAUUAAAUGAAGCAAGCAAAGAGAGCUUUCGCAAAAACUUCGAGUCUGCGGUCUGUGAUGCUCAAGGUUUGCUCAACAUUCACUAUUGAUAUUGCUGGGUUUUUGUCAAAGAAAUCAAAAUAACUUUUCACUUGGGGCAACGAUCUGUUCGGAUAUUUACGCUCGUAUUCUAAAAGCUCAGUUACACUCACUAAAAGCUCAUUUUUCUCACUAAAAGCUCACUCACAUUCACUAAAAGCUCACUCACACUCACUAAAAGCACACUCACUAAAAGCUCGCAUACACUCACACUCACUAAAAGCUCACUCACACUCACUAAAAGCU